CUCAGCCAGUCUGCUUUCUUUUAGCUCCUAGUCCGCUCCUUAUUACCAGCUGGGUGAGUGCGCGCUCUCACGCACGGGCGCGAGACACUACCAAGGCUGAGAUAAGCCUCUCGCGCAGAGUUGAGGUCCCUCUGUCUGCAGGUGUCUAGUGAAGCGCGCGGAGCCGCGAGGGAGUUACCGGUCGCCCUGUCCACAGGUUCAAAUGCAAUAUGACGGAUCAAUGGAGCCCGGUGCGGGAGACAUGGCUUCUUCUGCUGCUCGUCACCGCGUUUUACUCAUUAAGGGCCACUCAAGCAGCAAAUCCCAUCGACGUCCUGAAGGUGCUAGAUGUGUCAGAGGACAUGGAGGGCGUGUCGCUGGAAGCGGGACUCUGCACCAGUAGAGAGGGUCACGAGGAGACAGACCUCUCCUUCAGAAUAGACAAGAAGAUACAGCUGAGCGCGCCCACCAAGCAGCUCUUCCCUGAGUCUCAGUUCCCAGUGGAUUUCUCAGUGAUGACUACAGUCCGAGCUCGUAAAGACUCCCAGGUCUUCCUGCUCUCGAUCUAUGACUCACAGGGGACGCAGCAGCUGGGUUUGGAGGUGGGCCGCUCUCCAGUCUUCCUGUAUGAGGACCAGGAGGGUCAGCCCCCUCCCGAACUUUAUCCCACCUUCAGGAAGAUCAACCUGGCUGACGGCAAGUGGCACAGAGUGGCCUACAGUGUGGAGGGCCAGUCUGUGACUCUCUACUUGGACUGUGCCAAGCUGGACACCUUGGACCUGCCCAGAGGCCAUGACCCGUGGGUCAGCACCGACGGGGUCACCGUGUUUGGAACGCGCCUGCUGGACGAAGGUGUUUUUGAGGGAGACAUCCAGCAGCUGCUGAUUGUCAAUGACCCCAGAGCAGCAGAGACUUACUGUCAGGACUACAUCCCAGACUGCCACGCUCCUUUGCCCUAUAACAGCAUAUUAACGGAGCCUGAGGAGGUGGAGAGCGCACCAAAGAAACAUGUGGUGGAAGAGUUUGAGGAGUUUGACUACAGCGACCUCUAUGACGACGUGUCCUUUUCCACAGUGACCAUGGGCCCCAAUGUCACUGAGUAUGAGAUUGUAGAGUACGAGGACUAUGACAACACCACAGAUGACUACCAGGUGACAGAGUAUGAAUAUGAAGACGAAUACGAGGAGCGCUACGGGCCGGCAGCAAGAGAGGGAGAGUACAGUUUGAACACACAGGACCUACCGGAGAAAGGACAGAAAGGAGAACCGGGCUAUUUGGGACUGGGCACCCUGAUAGUUGGACCACAUGGGCUUCCAGGACCAGAGGGAGAGGCUGGACCUCCUGGACCGACAGGGCCAGUGGGACCUCGAGGAGACCCCGGGGAGCUGGGCCCUUCAGGGCGGCCGGGCAUAAACGGGGCUGAUGGAAUACCAGGUCCCCCAGGAAACAUAAUGCUCUUACCAUUCCAGUCAGGUGGUGAUCCACAGCAAGGACCAGUGGUAUCAGCCCAGGAGGCUCAGGCUCAGGCCAUCUUGCAGCAGACCAAACUGGCUAUGAAGGGACCUCCUGGACCGCUUGGCCUUAGAGGGAGACCUGGACCGCUGGGUUCACCAGGGCCUGCAGGGCUGAAAGGGACCAACGGAGACAUGGGGCCACAGGGUCCCAGAGGGCUGCCAGGUAUCCCAGGUCAGAAUGGACGCCCAGGAAAAAGGGGUCGAUCUGGUGCAGAUGGGAGCCGCGGUGCAACAGGAGAGGCAGGUGCAAAGGGGGACAGGGGGUUUGAUGGCUUGCCAGGCCUCCCUGGAAACAAAGGACAUAAAGGGGACAGGGGGAAGCCAGGCCCCCAUGGUCCACCUGGAGAGCCAGGAGAAAAGGGCUCUGAGGGGCCAUCUGGGCCAAGAGGACAACCAGGUGAUCCUGGUUCCAGAGGUCUGAACGGCCCCAGAGGUCACCCCGGUCCCCCAGGUCUGCCUGGCAUCCGCGGAGUUGACGGAGUUCAAGGUUCAAAGGGAAACUUGGGACCUCCAGGAGACGUCGGAGCACCCGGGCAGCAAGGCAACCCUGGAUUCCCAGGUUUCCCCGGUCCUCAGGGAUUGGUAGGGCUCCCAGGGGAGAAGGGGCCUCAAGGGAAGAAAGGGAUGCGAGGUUUACCUGGAAACGACGGGCCUCCAGGCCACCCUGGAAGGGAGGGGACUCCAGGAGAAAAAGGGCUACCAGGUCCUCCAGGCGUGCAGGGGCCUGUUGGAUACCCGGGGCCACGGGGAGUUAAGGGUGCAGACGGGGUGAGGGGAUUAAAGGGAAGCAAAGGAGAAAAGGGCGAGGAUGGCUUCCCAGGGUCCAAAGGGGAGAUGGGUGCAAAGGGGGACAUCGGAGACAAUGGGCUUCCAGGGAUCCGAGGUGAAGAUGGGCCUGAGGGGCCCAAGGGCCAGAUGGGGCCUCAGGGAGAACCUGGCCCUGCUGGCACUGCCGGGGAGAAGGGGAAAUUGGGAGUUCCAGGGCUGCCAGGAUAUCCAGGGCGACAAGGACCUAAGGGCUCUGACGGUUUUCCUGGUGCUGUGGGCGCUCUGGGAGAAAAGGGAAAGAAAGGACCAGCAGGACAGCCAGGAAGUGCAGGCCAGAGGGGUCCUAAUGGCGCACGAGGUGGCAGGGGAGCGAAAGGGCCCACAGGAAAACCAGGACCAAAGGGCUCUUCAGGACAUGACGGACCUGCAGGACCUCCAGGGGAGAGGGGACCUCAAGGGCCACAGGGAAGGAAUGGAGAGCCUGGACCUAAAGGAUCCAAUGGCCCAGCUGGGAAGGAUGGACUUCCAGGUCACCCAGGUCAGAGAGGAGAGCCGGGAUUCCAAGGGAAGACAGGACCUCCUGGACCUUCAGGUGUGGUGGGACCGCAGGGCAAAUCAGGAGAGACUGGCCCAACAGGGGACAGAGGUCAUCCAGGUGCUCCAGGGGUGCCUGGAGAGCAGGGUCUACCUGGGGCUGCUGGGAAGGAGGGUGGGAAGGGUGACCCAGGAGCACCAGGGACCUCUGGGAAAAGCGGGCCGACAGGACUGAAAGGUUUCAGGGGGAGCAGAGGAGCCCCUGGAGCUAUGGGUCCUGCUGGUCUGAAAGGAGGCUCAGGACCUACUGGACCCCCAGGAGCCAUAGGGGCGACAGGUGAGAGGGGCCCUGCAGGACCAGCCGGUGCCAUCGGCCAGCCUGGACGGGCUGGACCCAUCGGUGGACCUGGACCAAUGGGAGAGAAGGGGGAGCCUGGUGAGAAAGGUCCGAUUGGGCCAGCAGGUCAGGAUGGAGACCAAGGACCUGUAGGACUGCCUGGAGCUGCUGGCCCUGCAGGACCACCAGGAGAUGACGGGGAUAAGGGAGAGCAGGGUGGACCAGGGCAGAAAGGCAGCAAAGGAGACAAAGGGGAAUCAGGCCCCCCAGGGCCCCUUGGCAGUCAGGGGCCAAUUGGUCAGCCAGGACCACCGGGUGCGGAUGGAGAGCCCGGUCCCCGAGGCCAGCAGGGCAUGUAUGGCCAGAAAGGAGAUGAGGGACUUCGUGGCUUCAAGGGCUCAAAGGGGCCAACGGGAUUACAGGGUAUGCCUGGUCUACCAGGAGAAAAGGGGGAGAGCGGGCAUGUGGGACUUAUGGGCCCACCUGGACAACAAGGCCCCACAGGCUCCCAAGGACCCAUUGGGGGUCAGGGUCCAAUGGGUCUUCCAGGGAUGGUAGGACAACCAGGCCUUGUUGGAGAGAAGGGGGAGGAUGGAGAGGCAGGGGACCCAGGACCAGUGGGCGUGUCAGGACGGGCUGGAGAGAAGGGUGAUCAGGGGGAGAAGGGUGACACGGGCCCUCCAGGAGCAGCUGGUCCUCCAGGAGCCAGGGGCCCCCAGGGGGAGGAUGGAGCCAAAGGCAAUGCUGGUCCAAUAGGUUUCCCAGGGGACUCAGGACAGCCAGGAGAGGCUGGACCCAAUGGUGUGGAUGGUUUGCCUGGGUCUAAAGGGGAUACAGGAGAACCAGGGAAAUCUGGACCAGUGGGAGCGUCAGGGGAGCCUGGACCAACUGGACCACCUGGGCGAAGGGGCCACAUGGGGAAACCUGGGAAGGAGGGAAAGGCAGGCAUGAAAGGAGGAAAGGGGUCUCCUGGACCAGAGGGCUUCAUAGGGAAGACGGGGCCCGUCGGUGCGCAGGGGAACCCAGGGAAGCCCGGCCCCCAGGGUUUAAGAGGAAUCCCAGGCCCUGCGGGUGAGCAGGGUUUAAAUGGACCACCUGGCCAGACCGGACCACCAGGUCCUAUGGGCCCCCCGGGACUACCAGGGCUAAAGGGAGACCCCGGCAACAAGGGAGACAAGGGCCAUGGUGGUCUGAUAGGUCUGAUCGGGCCACCAGGAGACGUUGGAGAGAAGGGAGACAGAGGACUGCCAGGAAACCAGGGGCUACAGGGUCUCAAAGGAGAAGAGGGUGCAGUUGGUCCUGGAGGUCCCAACGGUCCUCCCGGCCCUCAGGGUCUGAGUGGUUCUGUUGGUCCAAAAGGCUCAAAAGGAAAUCAGGGUCCAAUUGGUCCCAGAGGAGACACAGGACCUGCAGGUCCUCCAGGACCACCAGGCCCACCAGCAUCUAGGAUCGUCCCUCUGCCAGAGCAAGGAAGGAGAAGGAGACACCCUGUCUUGGUGGACGGUGGCGCAUUGGAAGAGGAUGAAGGGACAAAUGGAGGAGAGGAGUGGAUGCAAGGGGAUCAGGCGAGGAUAGAGGGGGGGCCGACAGAGGAGCAAGACAUGGAGGAGGUGUUUGCGUCUCUGUCCUCUAUGAGAGUGGAGGUGGAGGGUCUGCGAAAUCCCCUGGGGACGUACCACAGCCCCGCCCGCACAUGCAAGGAGCUCUACUUCCUGCACCCAGAGCUCCCAGAUGGUGAGUACUGGAUAGAUCCUAACCAGGGUUGCCAUAGAGACUCCUUCAAGGUGUUUUGCAACUUCACUGCACAUGGAGAGACAUGUCUGCAACCUGACAAGAAGUUCCAGUCGGUGAGGCUCACAGGCUGGAAAGGAGAGAAGCCAGGCACCUGGUACAGUAAAUUCAGGAAAGGAAAACAGUUUUCCUACACUGGGUCAGACGGCGUUCCAGUCCACGUGGUGCAGCUGACCUUCCUGAAGCUGCUGAGCGCCACAGCCAAGCAGACCUUCACCUACCACUGCCUCAACUCGGCCGCCUGGCUGCACACCGCCACCUACAGCCACGAACACGCACUGCGCUUCAGGGGCAGCAACGGGGAGGAGCUGACACACGAGAACACACAUUACCUUGGUGCACUGUAUGACGGCUGCCAGGCUCGGUCAGGGCAGGAGAGGACAGUUUUGGAGUUUGACGCUCCACAUUCUGACACGCUCCCCAUCAUCGACGUGGCUGUGUCCGAUUUUGGAAAUGGGAACCAGAAAUUUGGCUUCCAGGUCGGCCCAGUCUGUUACAAUGGUUAGCCGAGGCAGGGAGCCAAAGACGAGAGUAAAUUAAGAGGAGCCAUGGACACUUUUUAACAUGCAGGGAGAAAACUACAUUCAAGACUUGCCUGAUGCCACAUAUUUAUAAAUAGAUUUACCUAGAACAGUGUUCCUUCAUCUAAACAUACAUUCAUUUAUGCACACAUUUCAUUCAGUUAUGCUAUCCUUCAUCCAAACAUUCACUGUUUGGAUUCUCUCACAGCUGGGACUCACAUAUUGUGUCUUAAAAGCAGUGCAUACAUUUGUUGUUAUCAGUGACAGCCAGCCGCAUCCACUGUUACACACAUUCACUCUCUGAAGGAGUGAGCGGUGCUUUUCAUUUGUUCAUCCUUGCACUCAUCCACAUCGAAACAUCAUCACUCACUCUCAUGCGACUGCGCAGUAUGACCAGAGAAACACUGAAACUUUGAAAACACCACAGAUGCCACCUUUCAGCAGCCCAUCAUGCUGUAUUGUCACCAAACCUCAUUUUGUUUUGUCUUUAUCUGUUUGUUUGUCUUCGUCGUGUUGUGAUAAUUAUCUGUUAUGUGAUGUGUACAUUGGAGUGUAAUUGAUCACGGUGCUAUUAUGUAACUCCUUGCAGAGUACAUUUCAUUGUUAAAGGGAACUGGGGCAGUGCAUUUUUUUAAUAUUGUGAAGCCAUGUUUUUUUUUGUUUUGUUUUGUUUUUGUUUGUUUUUUUAACAUAUGUUUCAACAUAACAAACCAAACUGUGGUACACAAUCGCCUCAAGGUCUUUCUACACAUGUUUGUGGGGGGGAAGUGACUGAGUAACAUAUUUUAAUAAAAGUACAAGAUGUACAUUUAA